AUGAGCCGUCAAGUAGUUGACUCCCUCACAAGGCUCCAGAACUGGGUGUUUGCCGCUCUUUCCCGGGUGGCCAAGAUUGCGACAGGAGAGGGCAUUGCCGGCACCCGAGCGGCCCGUACGCGAAGCGGCAAUAACGAUACAAGCAUCGGCGGCCGUCUUGACCAUGGCGAGACCUACGAGAAGGACGGAAAACGAUAUAAGCGAUAUAAAUUCCAGAUAAACAAAAACGCCGACAAUCCAACUCUGAGACAAUUUGCAAACCAAGACAGCCACCGUGUUUGGGCUCAGGCGGACCUAGAAAUAGGUACGAUACCUGACAAAGAAGCCGUGGAAAAGCUAUUCGAUGAUAUGCAGUCGGGCCUAGAGCACGAGUAG